GCGAGCGUGGCGAGGGUGGCCGGCGUUGUUAAAUGGACGUUAGUUGUGAGUGGUGAUUAGCCAGUAUAGUUGUGAUCGUUGUGAGGUUAGGUUGUGUAGGGCAGCAAACAUCUAGAACGUGUAGAAUUUGGUUGUAUUAGUUAAAAUCGACAUGGCAGUCGAUUUAGAAGAACGAAUGACACAACUUAACAGGUUGAAUGACUUCAUUGAUAACUCACGGAAAAAAAUUACAACCAUACUAAGCACCCUAGGUUGGGAUGAAGGCAACAUAAGACAGAAAUCUAGAGAAAUGGUCACCUGCCCGCUAAACAGUGAGCAUUAUGUCCCAGCAGAUAACUUGGAGAAACAUGUCACCUUAUGUUCGUGGAGAAUGGAAGGUUAUAGUGAAGAAGACAUUCCUCUUCCAGAAAGCUGUGGGCCUGGUGAAUCUGGAAUAGCCAUAGAUAAAGAAAUGAGGACUGCAAUAAUCAGAGAGGCUGCUAUGCAGGAUCCAAAGAUGAAGACAGGUAUUCCUGCUGUGGGAUUUGAUGAUCGUCCAAUUCCCAAAACCAUGGAUAGGAUUAUAUGUGAUUUCACACCAGAUGAGAGAAGAGUAUUGUAUGAUUUUGCUGUAUCAAAGACAGGAGCACCACCAGUAAUGAAGGUGGAGGAACUUCAUAUGCCAUUACAAAAAGAAGAACAGAAACGUCCUAAAACUUUUAUAGAGCGCCUUGCAGAAGAGCGGGAUGCAAAGCGACGCAAAGUGAGCAAGAAAGUUCACACCAAUCGCAAAAGUUACACAGAGAUAUUGCGGGAAGUGCUACAAAACCAGAUGGAACUGUAUGAAGAUUUUCUUAAACAAGAGAAUGAAGAAUUCAAAUUUGAUACUGCUAGGAAAAGCCGCAAAGAAUAUGAUAUUGACCAUGACCUACUGGACAGUGAGAGUACAUCCAUUGUUGCAUGUUCAUCAAAGAAGGAUUCCUUACGGUAUAAGGAAAGGACUAGAGACGACCAAAAAGAUUUUAAAAGACAUGGACACUCCCAGUCUCUGUAUAGGACUCAAACCAAACCUGGCAGAAGUCAUUUGAAACAUGAAGAUUCACAUCACUUUCAGCAAGAUAGGUGGCAAAGAAAGUCAGAGUAUGAUAGAGGAGAUGGUGGUACUUCUCAUAAGAGUAAUAGUUCUCAUAGGGAUAGGAGUAGUAGUACUCACAGGGAUAGGAGUAGUAGUUCUCACAGGGAUAGGAGUAGUAGUUCUCACAGGGAUAGAAAUUCAAAGAACCUGUCAACUACAGUGCGUGAAACCAGUGAAAGGCAUCAUAAGAGUAAGUAUACCCACUCUCAUAGACGAGAAGAGUUCGGUAAAUUUAAGAGGAGACACAGGACUCAUUCCUCAUCAGACAGUAGUAACAGCAGUGAAGAUAUUUUUCACAAGAGAAAGAGGAGUAGGGAUGCAGAAUUUCAUAUGGCCCAGAUGUAAAUCAAGGAGCUAUACAGUCACUUUCAGGUCUUCAGAGAUAUGCCAAGAAUAUUUAUUAUAUUUUAUAUAUGUCACAUGAAGGUGCAUAUUGUCUUCUUAAUUCUUCAUAUGAAUGGAUGUCCUGCUGGAACUAAAUGGUAUUUAUUUCCAUUAUGGGACAAUGUAUAUUUCAAACUCAGCUUUCAGGUGUCAAUAAAUAGGCUCCAUCCUUUUAUAUCGUGUCAUUGGACAAGGGAUUCCAUGAGAGAGUCCACGUUACUACAGCACAUUAAAUUACUUUCAUGAGAAAAUAAAUGGUAACAGGAAGUUUUGAGGAGAACUAAUCAACUGCUUUCCUUUGAUACAGUAUCAACCUCAUAGAAAACAACACCUCCAACAAUUCUUUGUUGCUGAAGAAACAUCUCAUCUGAGUUGUUAUCUAGCAACAACAAGGGGAUACACCAAUGCAUGUAUCCAGCAGUUCUAUUGUUGCAUGUCUUCGUUGCCACAGCAACUUUCCCUAGCCAUUGCCUAGCAGUGGAAGGAGGGAUAGAUAUUACAGAGACUUUGUCUAGCAAUGAUAGGAGGGAUACACAUACAGACACACUGAUGUGAGGAUUUUAUGAAAUGUGCUUUUGAGAUGGGCUCAGGCGUCAUACAUAUACCAAGUUUCGUAACGACUGGUUCAGUCAUACAGAAGUUUAUUUGGGCGGGGGGAAUUCACAGACACAAAGACAGCAUGGAGACUGUGUAAACCUACUUUUAUUUUUUGAAAAUAAGGAAAGUAGGCUAAAAAGUAUUUCUAAAAUUUGCAGAGAUAUCUUAGUGCCUUUUUCUAGAAUAAUUGUAA